CGCACAGAACAGCUGCUGCUCGAGCCUCGAACCUCGCUCGUCUCCUCGUGCCAUUGUUUCGAAGUUCCGCAGCAGCGAGUCCAGCUCGACCCCCGCCGGCCAUGAGGAAGCUCCUUCCCGCCUUCAUGGCGCUGCUCGCCGUCGCUCACGUGUUCUGCGAGGAAAAGGACCCCACGGAGGAGGCGGACUACUGGACGGCCACGAACGACAUCCAGGAUGGCUGGCAAGCCAACGACCCACUGAGAGAAAUCCUCCUGAGGAUGACGAGAAAGCCGCGGCCGCACCAGUUCAUCGGGCUGAUGGGGAAGCGCUCCAUGGCAAAUGCACAGAUCACCCGCAAGAGGCAUAAAGUCAACUCUUUUGUUGGCCUGAUGGGGAAAAGGAGCCAAGAAGAGCCAGGCUCGCAUGAGUGGAGCACAAUACAGACGUACGACAAGCGCCGCUGAGCCUUCACCAGCCGGCACCUCGUCCAACCAUUCCUCAUCCGUGGGAGGGGGCACCACGGCGCUGGUUUCUCUUUUCAUUCAAACUGUGUAUAGAUGUUAGUCGAAUAAAUAUGAUUCUGUUUUCCACAUUGUAGUGACGUAGCGGUGCUGUGCCAGUUUACAUUUGCCCCAGCAGAAGGUGGAGGAGCGGGGGGAAAUGGCCUCGUUAUCGAUGUUAGUGGUUUCUGUGAGCGUUUUUCACCAUCUGCCAUGCUACAAAAGACUAAAUGUUGUUGUGGACCAUCAAAGCAAGGCUAUGCUGUUGAUUGUUCUAUAAAUACUACACACCGGUUCUCAUUUUGGCUUUUAGAAGUUCUCCAGCUGGACACAUGGUGUGAUAUGACAGGAUACCUGUGUGUUAUGGUUCAACAAAUAUUAAAAUUAUUUUCUUUACCGAUUCAAC